ACUUGUAAUCAUGUGCUUCGCUGUUGGUCCGGUUCGGGUUUAAAAACUACCGCAAUACGUGGGAUCGAAGCAUUGCCGCGAAAACAAAUGCAUGUAAGCAAUACUUUGUAAGCAUAGAAAAAGAAAAGGGAAGACAGGAGUAGGAGCCCGUUUUGAGCAGAGCAGCAGUUACAAGGCAUUUCAUUUCUAUUGCAGUUACAACGCAUAUAGCAGAUUUGAAGAGUCGAUUUUUUUUUAUACCUUUUUAAGUGGCAAGUUCUGAUUGCGUUGGUACUGAAACUGUAUGUCUCAUUCAUGGGUUCGGGCUCUUUCAUCACGAAAGAGGCAUUAUGGUGUAGGAAUCCUACAUAGAAGCAUUAGCAGCAGCAGCGGCUCCUGCUGCUCACAUUUUUCCAAAGUGAACAAUGAGAAUAACCCCCUAUUUACAGUUUCAUUCAGAUCAUUGUUUAAUAAUGCCAACAUUAUAAAUGGAAAUACUUUAAUACCUCCUGAUUUAAAGUGUUGUCCGUUAGCCCCAAGAUGGCACCUUUAUCGGGGGUAUGUCUCCGUGGUUCAACAGAAGAUGCCAGAGUUGGUUUCUGGUUCAGGUGAAGAUGUAACAAGCAGUGAUUUGGAGCAGCUUGAUUUUUGUUCUGACGAUGGUGGUACUGACAAGAAAGUCAAGGUUGUGUAUGAAAAACCAAUUGACUUUACCAAAAUUGACACGAACCUGCUUCCAACUGUCAUUAUUGUUGGACGUCCAAAUGUGGGGAAAUCGGCUUUAUACAACCGGCUGAUUCGGAGGAGGGAAGCUCUUGUGUAUAACACGCCAGAUGAUCAUGUUACUCGAGAUAUAAGAGAAGGCAUUGCCAAAUUGGGUGAUUUGCGGUUUAAAGUGUUGGACUCAGCUGGCUUAGAAACAGAAGCAGCUUCAGGGUCUAUUCUUCAGAGAACAACUAGCAUGACUGCAAAUGUGCUCGCAAGAACUCAAUUUGCAGUAUUCUUGAUAGAUGUGAGAGCUGGAUUGCAUCCAUUGGAUUUGGAUGUUGGGAAGUGGUUUCGCAAACAUGCACCUGGAAUCAAGCCUAUAGUAGCAAUGAAUAAAUCUGAAUCACUUUGUGAUGGUGUUGGCUCUAUUUCUGAUGCUGCUGAUGAAGCCCGAAUGCUAGGAUUUGGGGAUCCGAUUGCAAUAUCUGCUGAGACGGGGCUGGGUAUGGCAGCUCUCCACGAUGCUCUUCAGCCUUUGAUUGAGGAUUACAUGCUCCAAGUUUUAAACAAUAAUUGUGACCAAGACAAUGGGUAUGGCCCCAGUCAUGUUGAUGAUGUUGCUGGUGAAGUUGAUGAGUCCAAGUUACCAUUACAGUUAGCAAUCAUAGGAAGACCAAAUGUUGGAAAGUCAACCUUGUUGAAUACUUUGUUACAAGAAGAACGUGUGCUGGUGGGUCCAGAGGUUGGUCUGACGAGAGAUUCUGUCAGAACCCAGUUCCAAUAUGAGGGAAGAACUAUAUAUCUGGUUGACACUGCAGGUUGGUUGCAAAGAACAGGUCUAGAAAAAGGACCAUCAUCACUGAGUGUGAUGCAAUCAAGAAAGAAUUUGAUGAGGGCUCAAGUGGUUGCUUUGGUACUUGAUGCUGAAGAGGUUGUGAAAGCUAGACGUAGUAUGACACAUGCUGAAGUAGUUAUAGCAAGAAGGGCAGUGGAAGAGGGCCGUGGCUUGGUUGUUAUUGUGAACAAGAUGGAUCUUCUGAAAGGGAAACGAAAUUCAACAUUAUUUGACAAGGUCAUGGAAGCUGUUCCUUUAGAAAUUCAGACGGUUAUACCUCAGAUCACAGGAAUACCAGUUGUAUUCACUUCAGCAUUAGAGGGCAGGGGCCGGAUUGCCGUCAUGCGUCAGGUCAUUGAUACAUAUGAAAAAUGGUGCUCAAGGUUGUCCACAUCCCGGCUUAACCGUUGGCUGCGCAAGGUUAUGAGCAGGCAUUCUUGGAAAGACCAGGCAGCGCAACCCAAGAUCAAGUAUUUCACCCAAGUGAAGGCCCGUCCACCCACUUUUGUCGCCUUCACAAGCGGGAAGACGCAGCUUUCAGAAACAGACCUCAGGUUCUUAACGAAGUCCUUAAAGGAAGAUUUCGACUUGGGUGGGAUCCCAAUCCGAAUCAUGCAACGGUCUGUUCCUAGAAAAGGUGGUGGUAACAGAAGCAAAAGCACCCCUUCUGCAGGCAGGAUGGCUGAAAGGUUCUUGUCUGACAAGAGAACUGCUGAUGUUUAAUAUGCAACAGUCAUAGACUAGUAAUUUAUCUAUGGCUAAAAGAAUCUUGUAAUUUACAAGGUGUGGAUUAACGAACAUAAAUUUUAAGUUUGUUAUAUUGUAUAGUUGCUAUUGCUUUUUAA